CUGAGCUUAUAUUUUAUAGAUUUAAUAUAAAAGUGGAAUUAAUAAUGUGUAAAAAGUCUUUUCCAGUAGCUCGGAUCAGGGGGUUCGGAUCGCCAUGCCCGUUGCCCAAUAAAGUGACAGAAGUUUCGUGCGGAUUGGUCGUGGUGUUCCUUCUGGUUAACGAUAUGGUCGGCUUACGGUUGAUCGACUGGUAUCUUUUGGUCGACAACAGUGACAUUGAGGUCGCUUGCUGAUAAUGUAUCUUUAGCCUCAACAAAAAAACGCAAUGUCUACUCUCCACUUAUUCUACCUCAUUCUACAAGUUUUGACCGUCCCGACCAUCCUCAAGGCAUCAGAAGAUCUUCUGGACCAAUACGUCAAACAUGUCCAACUAGUCAACGGGUUCGAAGAACCCAACAAUCGAACAAAACGAGAUGUUUCGUCCGAUAUACUUUGGACUCAUUCAAUGGCAUUAGACAAAAACGAAUUAAUCACUUUGAAAUGGCAACCUAGACAUCAAGAGAUAUUAUUCAGAGUUGAGGCCAGGACUUUGGGUUAUGUUGGAUUAGGUUUUAGUCCUAAUGGAGGUAUGGAAGGUGCUGACAUUGUAUUAGGAUGGGUCGAUGAUAAAUUAAACAAGCCAAUUUUAUUGGAUUGUCACGGUGUAUCGAAAAGUCAAGGAAGCGCCCCAGUACGUGACACAAUCGACAAUUACACCCUAAUGCGAGGCGAACAAAAUGCAACUCACACAAUUAUCGAAUUCAGACGAGUUCUGGAUACGUGCGAUCCAGAUGAUUACAUUUUAACGGGCGACACUGUAAGAGUAAUAUGGGCAAUGCAUGACCAUGAUCCAAAAUUCGAAGGCGAAAUGGUUUAUCAUGCCGAAAAACGCGGUGUGCAAAGUUUGCAUUUGCUGGGACCGCCUCCGGUUAUGGAAAUCAGCGGCGAUUUUACCAGAAAUUGGGAUGUCGAGUUGAAAAAUUUCCAAAUCCCUAACAACAUGGACACAGUCUACUGGUGCAAAGUGUUCAAAGCUCCAACGUUCAACGAAAAACGCCACAUCACCGGAUUCGAACCGAUCAUAGGUAAAAACCACGAAGCAAUGCUCCAUCACAUGAUAAUGCACGAGUGCGAAUUGGACGAUAACUCUAAUAUGGCCAAAUGGGACAUGUUUGCCAAAGACGAAGGUAGAUUGUGCUACAGCAACAUGCCUUUGGAAUGGGAAAAGUGUCUUACUCCUUUGAUUGCUUGGGCGAUUGGAUCUAAAGGUGAAAACUUUCCAAAUCACGUAGGUUUACCUUUGGCACGCAAGAAAAAUUCUUAUUACAUGUUAGAGGUGCAUUUUGACAAUCCGCAAAUGAGAUCCGCAGUCGACACGUCAGGAUUAAGGUUGCAUUACACAAAUAAACUGAGAGAUAACGAAGGCGGAAUUCUUAUUACCGGCGUUGCUCCAUCAACUUUGCAUUUUAUACCACCUUAUCAAAAAGAGUACAAAACUGCUGGAUAUUGUAGUCUUGGAUGUACGAAAGAAGUUUUUCCUAAAGACGGUAUCAACGUGAUUUCGGUAAUGUUACACUCUCAUUUGGCUGGAAGAAAACUAAAACUACGUCACAUCAGAAGUGGAAGAGAGCUACAGCCGCUGGCACAGGACGAUCAUUAUGAUUUCAACUACCAACAAUCCCGCUCCUUAUCUCAAGACACUACAAUUCUUCCAGGAGAUGGUUUAAUUACUGAAUGCACUUAUUCAACUGUAGAACGCAACAGACCCACUCUAGGUGGUUACUCAACAAGAGAAGAAAUGUGUUUGUCGUUUGUAAUGUACUAUCCCAGAACUGAUUUGGCUGGUUGUUACUCUAUACCACCUGUGAAGUAUUUUUUUGAAAAUUUAGGCGUUAAAGAGUUUUAUGGGAGGAAUAUGAGUGAAGUUGAAAGGGCUUUACUUGAGGGAAAAAUUGAAUCUGAUAAUGUACCUUCAAGUACUCAAAAGCCAUUUAUAAUUCAGCCAGGAGAUGAAAUGUCGCCUGAGGCUAAUUUGAAAGCUAUAAUGGCCCUUAGAAGUGCUAAAGAGUAUACCAUUGAAGGGGAAACUAUUGAGAAUAGUGUUUUUGAAAAGCUUAUUAUUAAAGAGCCUCAAGAAUUCAGAAACAAGUCAUUCAUGUCGCAUUUGCAAAACAUUCCAUACAACGAAACAAUUCUAACGAAAAAAAUGGAAGAAUAUUUCUAUAACGGAUUGCAUAUGACGUUUUGUAGGAAAAGAGACGAUACCUUGGCUAUUAAAGAAAAUAUUGAAAGGCUUCCGUCCUUUCAACAAUACGAGGAUAAAGAAAACAUUCAAUGCAGCUAUAAAGCGAAAAGGGAUUACACUAGCGGCACGUCGAAAUCCUAUUUCGGAAAAAAACUGUUUUUUGUUUAUUUUUGUUUAUUUUUUAAAUAUUUUGUAUAGGAUUUAUCCCAGUGCAUAUAGACUAUUUUUAUUUAUUGUCCCUUUUGUAUAUAUAUUUUUUUAUUUUUUGUUUUUUUUUACACCUAAUUUGUGAAAUUAGAUAUUAUGUUAGUGUUAUGUAUUAUAUUUAUUUAUUUUCUUUUUCUGUAAAUAGUCGCUAUAGUUUUCUUUACCAAAAAUUUUUUAGGUAUAAGUUUAGAUUAUAAGGUGUUUGAAGCUGUGAACUUUUAACUAUAGGUCAACGUUUGUGAAGUUUUAGGUAAAAUUAGUAACUUCAAAAUAGGUCAGACUAUAGACUUACAGGUCAUGUAUAAUGUGGGCCUAUAAAAUUUAGGUAUUAUAAUAGAUAUUUCGAAUUUUUUAUAAUAAUUAGGUAUGAAGGUAAAGUACAUUAAAAUUUUAGAACAAAGGAAAAAUAUCAUAAAUAAUUAAUAUGUAGUUAAUUAUUUGAAACACUCAACUGUGACUUAGCAGUAUAAUUAUAAUUUGAAAUCAUAAGCAAAGUAAGUACCUAACUUAUUUUACUCAGGAUUUGUAUAAAUACUUUACAAUAAAGUGCUGAA